AGCUAGCUGCCAGUUGUGAGGGGAGCUGAAAGAAGGGCCAGCAAAAGUACAAAAAGGGACAAAGAACUAAUGCCUAACACCUGAUACUCUGACACAGGUUGAACAUAUUAAAGCUUAGGAAAGGAGUCGCCCUCGUCUGAAGAACUGCAUCAUGCUGCACCCAGCAAUGAUCCAAUACCUCUUUUGCACCAUGCUGUGCACGUGGCUGCUGUGCAAUGCCCAAAUGGAUUCCAGCGCUCCAUCCAUACAGCUACGUCUGGCCGGAGAGAAACGUAAAAAACAUGAGGGGCGAGUGGAAGUUCUCUACAAAGGCCAGUGGGGGACUGUCUGUGACGACGACUUCUCCAUCUACGCUGCCCAGGUGGUGUGCAGAGAGCUUGGCUUUGUGGAUGCUGAGUCAUGGUCACCCUCAGCCAAGUAUGGCAGAGGAGAAGGUCCUAUUUGGCUGGACAAUUUGGACUGCAGUGGCAGAGAGAAGAGCCUCGCCCAGUGUCGGUCCAAUGGCUUUGGCGUGACAGACUGCAAACAUUCAGAAGAUGUCGGGGUGGUGUGCACCCAGCAGCGCAUUCCAGGCUUCAAAUUCAUCCGGACCCAGGCCAACAGCGUAGAGGGUUUGUCGGUACAUGUGGAGGAUGUGCGGAUCAGGGCCACAUACUCUCACAGAAAAAGGAUUCCCAUCACCGAGGGCUUUUUGGAGGUGAAAGAUGGAGGCAAGUGGAGGCAGAUCUGCAAUGAGGACUGGACAGAAAUGAACAGCAGAGUCAUCUGUGGCAUGUACGGCUUCCCUGGGGAGAAGCGCUUCAAUAAUAGACCUUACAAAUUACUAGCCAAGCGCCGAAAGAAGAACUUUUGGGGUUUCUCUGUCAACUGCACUGGCAACGAGGCCGACCUGUCUGACUGCAAACUGGGAAGGGAGAUCGAGUUGAAGGGCAAUAGCACUUGUGGGCAAGGCAUGCCUGUAGUGGUCAGCUGUGUUCCUGGACGGACCUUUGCGCCCAGCCUCAGUGCCGGCUAUAGGAAGGCGUACAGGGUGGAGCAACCCCUGGUACGAUUAAAAGGAGGAGCCAUGAUAGGGGAGGGUCGAGUAGAGGUGCUGAGGAAUGGCGAGUGGGGCACAGUGUGCGACGACAACUGGAACAUUCAAGCUGCCACAGUGGUCUGUCGGGAGCUGGGCUUUGGCAGCGCGAAAGAGGCCAUGACUGGCGCCAGUAUGGGACAAGGCAUCGGGCCUGUCCACAUGAACGAAGUGGAGUGCUCUGGCUUUGAGAAGUCUCUGACAGAGUGCCUCUUUAACCGCGAUGCUCUGGGCUGUAGCCAUGAGGAAGAUGUGGCUGUCAAGUGUAAUGUUCCUGCCAUGGGCUUUAAGAACAGACUUCGAUUGUCUGGUGGCCGUAACCCCUAUGAGGGUCGUGUGGAAGUUCUUACAGACAGGAACGGCUCUCUUGUGUGGGGCACAGUGUGUAGUGACAGCUGGGGAACCAUGGAGGCCAUGGUGGUGUGCAGACAGCUGGGCUUGGGCUUUGCCAGCCACGCCUUCCAGGAAACAUGGUACUGGCAAGGCGAUUCUACAGCUGAUAACAUUGUGAUGAGUGGCGUGAGAUGUUCCGGAACUGAGCUGACUCUGGAUCAGUGUCUGCAUCAUGGGAAACAUAUAGAAUGUCCUAAAGGAGGAGGACGCUUUGCUGCUGGGGUCUCCUGUACUCUAACGGCCCCUGACCUGGUCCUGAAUGCCCAAGUAGUGGAGCAGACCACCUAUCUGGAGGACAGACCCAUGUACGCCCUCCAGUGUGCCCAGGAGGAGAAGUGUCUGUCCAGCAGUGCAGACGAUGCCGAUCAGAACGCUUACCGCCGUUUGCUCCGCUUCUCCUCCCAGAUCCACAACAAUGGCCAGUCAGACUUCAGGCCACGGGCCGGACAUCAGUCCUGGGUGUGGCAUGAAUGCCACAGACAUUUCCACAGCAUGGAGGUGUUCACCCACUAUGACUUGAUGAAUGUGAAUGGAACUAAAGUGGCAGAGGGUCACAAAGCCAGCUUCUGUCUGGAGGACACAUAUUGUGAUGAAGGCAUCCAGAAGAGAUACGAGUGUGCUAACUUCGGAGCGCAGGGCAUCACUGUGGGCUGCUGGGACACCUACAGGCAUGACAUUGACUGCCAGUGGAUUGACAUCACUGAUGUUCCACCUGGUGACUACAUCCUCCAGAUCGUGAUAAACCCCAAUUACGAGGUGGCAGAGUCGGACUACUCCAACAACAUCAUGAAGUGCCGCAGCCGAUACGACGGAAAUCGCGUGUGGACGUACAACUGUCAUAUAGGCGGCUCACGGAGCUCAGAAACAGAAGAAACAUAUCCUGGACUGCUGACCAAUCAGCUUUCACACAGGUAGAACAUGGAUGGACAACACAGACGGAUUGAUGCAUGGACAGACGUUUCCCAACCACUAUAGAAGAAGGAGGGCCAUGGGAGCCAGAGCUGAACCGCUACAAUGAACAGUAGCCAUGUUUGAAUGAAUACAUUCAAAUGUGCAUUUGCAACUACUCCAUUCACAAAAACAUUUUCAUAAUGAAUUGGGACAUGGAAUGAUGGCGUUUUAAUCUGAUGCAGGGGAAUGUGGGGGGUGGGGGGUUAUGGACCAAAAGCUAGGCUCCAUGGUUUUGAUUCCAACAGUAAAUCACAUGUAAUGAUUGCUCUGCAGAAGUGAAUGUGACCAACUACAAACUGCUCUUUUUCAUGUUGAUAUACUGUCAGUAGGGCUAAAACUAGCAAUACUUUUACAAACUCACUGUGAGGAAAAUGUGUCCGCCACAUCCGGCAUAGCUCUUAUUGUGUCUUUGUUGAAAUGUGCCUUUUUUGACUUGGUGCUUUUUCAUAAAUACGUCAGGGAACGUUGCAGCAAAUAGUUUUUGUAAAUGAAAUGUGCCAACAGCUGCCUUAUAAUCUCAUCAUUAGAAGAAGAAACCUGAAGAAGUCUGGGUUUUUUUUCCAGGAAAACUAUGAGGUGCUACAUCUUCUAAAGUACGAUUUACUUUUAGGCUGUCAGUAGAAUAGAAGCCCCAACUAGUACGAACCAUCUAUUCCUCCAGCAUUUCCUACUCCAAAUACUUGACCUGACCUUUUAUUUAUUGACGUUUUUAUUUUCACUUUGUCUGCCAAGCAUGCAUGAAGCCCUCAGCUAUCUUUGUCACCAUGUUGGAUUGUGUUAAAUUAUUGCUGUCAGGGACUCUGGUGCCUCAAAUGUGUGUGAACAUUUUUGGUUGUUUUGUAAAUGACUAUUUCGAUGUGACAAAUUCCCUUCAUUUUAUAAGGGUGUCAGUCGCUCGUUGCCUGACAGAUGUGUGGAGAUUUUAUUGUUAUAUGGGGAAAAAAAAUGCAUGAUGUUUUCUGUAAUAAAAGUAGACGGUGA